GCUCCGGUCGCCGCCAUGAUGCCGGCCCUGGCAGCCCAGCGGCGGGGCUGCCGCGGCCUCUACCGCCUGUACCUGCGGUGCCAGGCGCCGCCGCUACCCCGCGCCUGCCACGGAUGGCAAGCUUUAGUGAAAAGUGGGAGUCUGUCUUAUAUUCUACCAUGCAAUCGUCUGCCUGUGCAGUUGAUAAGACAAGUGAGAGUUUAUACAUCCAAUGGUCAGAAAAAAGAUCUUGGAUCAGAAGACACAAAUGGAUCAACCCCUGAAGAAACCCCAAAUAAAGCUGGAACAGGACAAGAUACGAGAGGUGCAGGGCAAAAGCAGCCUUCAAUGAAAGAGCCCAUUCAAGUGAAAGUGAAAGCAGUUCUGAAAAAAAGAGAGUAUGGACCAAAAUACACACAGAAUAAUUUCAUCACUGGAGUCAGAGCAAUAAAUGAGUUUUGUCUUAAAUCCAGUGAUUUAGACCAGCUGAGGAAAAUUAAACGGCGAAGCCCCCAUGAUGACACUGAGACUUUCACCGUGUACCUGAGAUCAGAUGUCGAGGCAAAGUCUCUUGAAGUCUGGGGGAGUCCAGAGGCUCUUGCUAGAGAGAGAAAGCGGCGUAAAGAGGCAGAGAUCAAGUACAGAGAAAAUCUAUUUAGAAACCAAAGGCUGUUGUGGGAAUACAAGGAGUUCUUUGGAAAUACUAAGCCACGCUCCAGUGCAGCAGCUAUGUUUUUCAAGGGACCAGGGAAGGUGGUAAUGGUAGCUAUUUGCAUAAAUGGGUUGAAUUUUUUCUUUAAGCUACUUGCUUGGGUUUACACGGGUUCUGCAAGUAUGUUUUCAGAAGCCAUACAUUCUUUAGCAGAUACAUGUAAUCAGGCCUUGCUAGCUUUGGGCAUCAGUCAGUCUGCAAGGACGCCUGACCCUAGUCAUCCGUAUGGUUUCACAAACAUGCGCUAUAUUGCCUCCCUGAUCAGUGGGGUUGGUAUUUUCAUGAUGGGUGCAGGACUUUCUUGGUAUCAUGGGAUCAUAGGUUUACUCCAGCCUCAUCCUAUAGAAUCUCUCCUCUGGGCAUACUGCAUUUUAGCAGGGUCACUGGUGUCUGAAGGAGCUACUCUUCUGGUUGCUAUCAACGAAAUUCGCAGGAGUGCUCGAGCCAAGGGGCUGUCAUUUUAUCAAUAUGUUGUGCAGAGUCGUGAUCCUAGCACAAAUGUGGUGUUACUGGAGGAUGCUGCAGCAGUUCUGAGCGUGGCCGUAGCUGCUACCUGUAUGGGUCUGACAUCUUUAACAGGAAACCCUUACUAUGACAGCGUGGGGUCUCUAGGUGUUGGGACUUUGCUAGGAACUGUGUCAGCAUUUCUCAUCUACACCAACACUGAAGCCCUGCUGGGUCGAUCCAUUCAACCUGAGCAGCUGCAGCGACUCACGGAGUUACUGGAAAGCGAUCCUGUAGUGAGAGCAAUUCAUGAUGUUAAAGCCACAGACAUGGGAAUGAGCAAAGUGAGAUUCAAGGCAGAAGUAGACUUUGAUGGACGGGUUGUUACUCGUUCUUACCUGGAAAAACAAGACAUUGAUCAGCUGCUACAAGAAAUUCAGCAAGUGAAAACCCUUGAAGAAUUAGAAGCUUUCAUGCUUAAACAUGGUGAGAAUAUCAUUGACACUCUAGGAGCUGAAGUAGACAGACUUGAGAAGGACCUAAAGCAACGAAAUCCUGAUGUUCGUCAUGUGGAUUUGGAGAUACUAUAGACAUGGCAGAAGAAAUCUUCAGGUUGGAAGGAAGUCAUGUCAAGGGCUGAAAAGCUUCUGAGAGGGCAGUGACCACAGCACCAUACCUCGCUUACUUUUGCUGUAGGCUUCCUGGACUGUUAGCACUGCUGCUGGUUCUGGAGAAGGACUUAGACUGACAGACAAAAAUGUCCAUGGCAGAAUCAGUUUUGAAAAGCUACUUGGCUGAAAUCCCACAGGAGAGUCUGCCUGAGUGUAUUUACUGCAAUUCAGAACUUAAGACUUGAGGCUUGGUUAGGCAAAUAGAGCUGCCUGAAAAUAGAAAACACACUUAGUUUUGUAUUUUUUUUUCCCAUUUGUGUCCCUUUGC